GUACAGUUCUCAGACAACAGCACCAUGGUGAAGGAAAAUGGUACUAACGGCGAUCUGACUCACGGAAACCACGAGGAGAUAUUCAAAGGAGACGGGAUCAGCGCCUACGCUCGUCCAGAUCUUCACCAAGGUCUCCUGGAGGACAGGGUACGGACGGACUUCUAUAAGAACACCAUCCUCAAGAACAAAGACCUGUUUGAGGGAAAAGUUGUCUUAGACAUCGGCUGUGGUCUGGGCAUGAUGUCUUUGUUUGCUGCUCAAGCGGGCGCAAGGAAGGUCAUCGGGUUAGAAGAAAGUGCCGUGGCGGAGCAAGCCAUGGGAAUCGUGAAGGAGAAUGGACUUGAGGACGUGAUCACCAUAGUAAACGCCAAGGUUCAGGAGAUAGAACUGGCAGGAGUAGAGAAGGUGGACAUCAUCAUUAGUGAGAUCAUGGGAGUGGGGCUGAUCCACGAAGUCGGCAUACGUUCACUCAUCCAUGCAAGAAACAGGUUCCUGAAACCUGGUGGUAUGCUUCUGCCUGACAAGAACAACUUGUACAUCUGUGGUGUGGAGGCCGCAAAGCUACACGACAGGCAUAUUGGAUAUUGGAACGACGUCUAUGGGUUUGAUUUCUCCGAGAUGGGAAAGCACGCCAAGUCCUACGCUUGGCACGUGCCUCUGAAAGAAAACCAAGUCGUCACCGAACCAGCACUUCUCAAGGAAUAUGAUUGGUCCACCUGUACUGAGGAUGAUGUCUACUUCUCCACGCCUUUCACUCUCAAGUGCAAGAAGAACGACAAGAUUCACUCCCUCGCCAUCUACUUUGAUAUUCAUUUCAACAACUCGGACGUACUGUCUACAGGUCCAGAGGCGAAAUCCACUCACUGGGGACAGCUAGCUUUCCAUCUGGGGGAAGCACUGGACGUGAAGGAGGGAGACGAGAUUCAAGGCUCCUUGUCCGUCAAACCAUGCGGGGAGAGAGACCUGGAGUUCCAGUUGAAGAUCGACUACAAGGAGACGUCUUCGACCCAGACUUACUACCACUACUGUCCGGUAUCCCCCAACGGAUCACAUAUCAUGUACACUACUGACUAGUAACUGUUCAGUAUCCCCCAACGGAUCACAUAUCAUGUACACUACUGACUAGUAACUGUUCAGUAUCCCCCAACGGAU